AUGAAACAACUCGAGCGAGUAUAUUUAAUGAAUGUUUUUCUACAUCUAAAAACUUUCAGUGAUGUUUUGAAUAUAAUAAAUGUCAAUAAAAAAUGCAAACAAUCAAUUGAAGAUCUAAAAGUCAAUCCAUGGCUUAUAAAUUCAACAGAAAUCGAAAAGUAUUUUAAUUAUUUUACUCCGACAACACUAAAUUGUAAUCAUUUAGAAAUAAAUGAACAAAUUAUACAGCGUGCAGAGUUGUUAAAAAAUUGGUAUAUACCGCCCGAUAAAAAAUUAAAAGUUUUUUAUAUAUCUAAAAUGCGUAACUUUAAUAUCAAUUUUUUUUCUCAAAACCUUGUUGUUGAAGUUGUGAAUGUCAUUGUUAAAAUAUCCAGAUUAGAAUGUUCUCCAAAUUUUUACUAUAAAUUUAUAAAACUGUUUAAAAAAUCAAACAAAAAUUUAACUGAUUUUCCUCGUUCUGUAAUAAUUAACUUUACAUAUGAUAAUGAACGUUUAAUUUAUGGUAUAGAAUAUCUCCAUAUGUAUAGAGAAAAACUUGAUGAAUUAUUAAAAUGCAUCGACCGUUCCGUAAAAGAAUAUUCUACAAGUGUUAUAUGUAUGUGGUGUUCACUACGUAGAAAAGAAAUAUAUACACCUGAAUCGUAUGUUUUAAUUGUAGCAGAAUUAUACAUUCCAAAAAUGACGCAUUGUCAACAUUAUUUCGAUAGUUAUAUACCAAAAACAAUAUCAGGCAAAGUAAAACCUACAGAUGUUUCGAAAGGAGUUGGGUUUUAUUUUGGUUACACAGAGGAAAUUGAUACUGAAGAGCGGACAAAACAACUUUUUCAAAAUAUGACAAUAAUUACAAAAAAAACUUUAGCUUCAAAAAUUGGAUUUAAUAUUGAAAUAGAGCCUCUUAUUGAUUUGUCAAAAUUUGUUGUUCAAGAUUUUGUGAAAUCAAUCAAAUUGAGUUAUUUUGAUGUAUAUAAUCCGUUUAGUUGUUAUUUUUUCAAAGAUCGUGUGUUUGGUCAAUGCACAUUUCCUAGUCAUUCACAAAUCAAACAUGUAACGCUCAAAUCAAUUUUACUUGUUUUGAGCGAAAAGGAAGUAUUUCCAACUGUUACAAAAGUCAAACUUUACUACACUGCUACAUGUAUUAAAAAUUCACAUUUAGAAGUUGUCGAAACUUUGACAAAAAACGAACUUUUUUUCCUCGAAUGA